AUGUAUUUCAAGACAGAGGUGAUCACCGCCGUUGCGGCCUGGGCACUUUCCGCCGCCUCUCUGAGUUUUUAUAGCGACUGCGAUUAUAUCGAGGGGGGUCUUUGCCCACGUGGCGAUGCUGAUUUCCAAGACCUCGGGAAGCAGCUUUCGAGCUCUGCCAAGGUGUAUUUCCCUGGGUCGAGCGGGUUCACUGAACUCACAACGCGGUGGUCUACUCUGGAAGAGCCCAAGGUGAACGUCGUCGUCGUGCCUGGCACUGAGAACGAUGUUGUCCAAACGGUGAAAUACGCCAACAAGAAGGAGGUGCCUUUUCUCACGUUCAAUGGUGUCCACGGAGCCCUCGUUUCGUUGGGUAAGAUGGACCAUGGUGUCGGAAUUUCUCUGAGCCAGCUGAACAGCAUCCAAAUUGCCAAGGAUGGAAAGACAGUCACGAUGGGUGGAGGAACUAUGUCCAAAAAGGUCACCGACACGCUUUGGGCCGCAGAAAAGCAGACAGUUACUGGAACUUGCGAAUGCGUCAGUGUUCUAGGACCGGCGCUUGGUGGUGGACAUGGAUGGCUUCAAGGCCACCACGGACUUGUCUCUGACCAAUUCGUCUCGAUGAAUGUCGUUCUCGCCGACGGUACCCUGAAGACAAUUAACCAAGACUCCGACCUCUGGUGGGCGAUGAAGGGUGCUGGCCACAACUUUGGCAUUGUGACUUCUCUCACUAGCAAGAUCUACGACAUCGAGCACCACGACUGGGCCAUUGAGACAAUCACUCUCAGUGGCGAUAAGGUUGAGGCUGUCUACCAAGCUACCAACGAACACCUUCUGAAGAACGGUGCUCAGCCCGCGGAGGUCAUUACCUGGUCGUACUGGAUGAACGUCCCCGAUAUUGACGCCAGCAACCCCGUCAUCGUACUCUAUAUCAUCCAGGAGGGAGUGAAAGCUGUCGACCCAAUUUACACCAAGCCUUUCCACGACAUGGCACCGCUUGCCAUUGUCCCCCAGGCAGGUACCUACAAGGACCUCGCUGCUUGGACCGGUAUUGCCCUCGACUCCCCGCCAUGCCAGAAUAUGGGAAUGGCUAACCCCCGCUUCCCUAUCUACCUCGAAACAUACGACGUUGCGGCUCAGAAGAUGGCAUGGGACAUCUAUGCACCUGCCGUCCGUGGAGACUCUCCCUUCAACUUUUCCAUCUUCAUGUUCGAGGGUUACUCCGCUGGGGGCGUGCACGCGAUCCCUAGCAGCUCGAGUGCUUUCGCUUUCCGCAGCGAGAAUAUCCUUGCCGCCCCACUCAUUAACUACGUGCCUGUGGAUAAAGCGCUCGAGGACAAGGCGGCUGCUUUGGGUAACCAGCUCCGCAACAUCCUCCACGAAGCCACUGGCCGUACGGACAUUCGCGCAUAUGUCAACUAUGCCCACGGAACCGAGACAACCCACCAGAUGUAUGGUGACAACAAGGACCGCCUGCUCGCCUUGAAGCAGAAGUACGACCCGACUGGCAAGUUUAACUUCUACGCACCGAUCAUAGAUAUGUGA